AUGACGCUAACUACAACCAUUCAUCAAGCCAUCAUCAGUUAUCCUAAGGUGCAGACACCCUCCUUCCAAAUCAUCAUUUUUAUCAGCGCCAGUAAACCUCGGACCCUGGACGGCAGCGAAGAUGCAGAUUUUUAUGGGCUGGAGAGAAAUUUAAAUCAGCGAGCCUGCUCUCACCGGAGGAGCGUGUGCACGACGCCGAGCAGACGGAGGGAGAAGCGCGGAUCGGGCUGUCAAGAGAGGCUCACUGGAGCAGGGGCGCAUGCGCAGCUUCGAGCUCCAUGCAGCAGUAAUACGUCACCCAUUCAAAACAGAGCAUCUCGCUACCUGCCCAGGCGAUUCCUCCACGGUUCCUCCUCCACGAUCCUCCCCGGAGAUCCCCGCUGCCUCCCCGGUCCUCCGAGCUGCUCCUCCUGGGACAUCGCGAUGGUUCUGGAGGAUGAUUUGAGCACCGCCGCGGCCACCGGACGACCCGGGGACGUGGAGCGUCUCCUCCGGGAAGGGGCGGACGUCAACGGCCUGAACCGGUUCGGACGCAGGGCUCUGCAGGUGAUGAUGAUGGGCAGCGAGGCGGUGGCUCGGCUCCUCCUCAGUCACGGAGCGGAUCCCAACGUAGCGGACCGCAGCACCGGGAGCACGCCGCUGCACGACGCCGCCAGGACGGGCCAUGUGGGCACCGUGCGGCUGCUGGUGGAGCACCGGGCCGACCCACAGGCCCGGGACAACAAGCAACGUCGGGCCGUGGACCUGGCCGAGGAGUACGGCAACAGGGACGUGGUUGCCUUCCUGGAGGAUCUGUGAAAACCACCGUGC